AACUCUUCCAUCUUCUUCUUCUUCAUUCUAUUCUACUGUAAAAGAAAUGGAUACGAAUAGAAAACCCACUGUUUUUUUCGAUGCCAAUAACAACCAAGUCUCCACUGCCAAGUUCGCCUUCUCGUCUGCUGCAUCAGUUGCCGCCACCGCCAUAUUGGCUCGAUCAAUCGCCCAUGAAUUCGUCCCCCCAGAGCUCCGAGACUAUAUCUUCUUCAAAAUCAAGAGCCUCCUCCUCUCUUUCACUCCAUACACCACCUUAGUCAUCGAAGAAUUCGAUGGCCUCAACGACAACCAUCUUUACAAGGCUGCACAACUCUAUCUCGAGCCCACAAUCCCUCCCGACACCAAGAGGAUCAGACUAACCAUGCCAAAGAAGCAAGGCAAGAUUUCAUUUUCCCUUGAAAACAGUGAGCAAAUCGUUGACAACUUCAAUGGGAUUCAAGUGAAAUGGAAGUUUGUGUCCAAAAACUUCCCUUCCAAGAACGUCUCACCCCAUGAUCCUUACAACCCUCCGUUGCUCACUUGUGAGACUCGCUGCUUCGAGCUAAACUUCCACAAGAAACAUAAAGAAACGAUCUUGAACAGUUACAUGCAACAUAUAUUGGCAAAAUCCAAAGAGUUGAAGGAGAAAAAGAAGACCCUGAGGUUAUUUACCUUGAAAUCUGAUAGGGUUUAUGGGAGGAGAGGGGAUAUGUGGCAGUCGCUGAAUCUUGAUCAUCCAUCUACUUUUCAGACCCUGGCAAUGGAUUCUGAUUUGAAGAAGAAUAUAAUAGAGGAUUUGGACAGAUUUAUGAGAAGAAAAGAGUACUACAAGAGUGUAGGCAAGGCUUGGAAAAGAGGGUAUUUGUUGUUUGGUCCUCCUGGUACGGGGAAGUCGAGCUUGGUUGCUGCCAUGGCCAAUUAUCUUAACUUUGAUAUAUAUGACUUGGAGUUGUCUGAAAUCAGAGACAACUCCGAGCUGAGGAAGUUGCUGAUUGCAACCGGGAAUAAAUCAAUACUCGUUGUGGAAGAUCUUGACUGUUCCUUGGAAAUGCAUAGGCUUCCUCAAUCCAGGCCUGUGUUGCCUCAUCGACCUAAUCAGUUAUCUCAAAUGACUCUGUCAGGAUUGCUCAACUUCGUCGAUGGCUUAUGGUCGAGCUGUGGGGAUGAAAGGAUCAUAGUGUUCACAACGAACCACAAGGACCGGCUCGACCCGGCUUUGCUACGCCCUGGUCGAAUCGAUGUGCAGAUCCACAUGUCCUACAUAACUCCAUGUGGGUUCAGAAUGUUGGCUUCCAAUUACCUCGGGAUAACAGAGCACCCACAGUUCAUGGAGAUCGAGGAAUUGCUGAAGACGAAGAAGGUGACGCCUGCAGAAGUGGGUGAGACGUUGAUGAAGGAGGAGAGGGUUGAAGAAGCGUUACAGGGUCUGAUUCAGUUUCUUGAAACCAAGAUAGAAGAUGCAGCCGCUGAUGGUGUGCAACCGGAACAAGUCCAAGCAGUAGAUGAUGAUGAAGAAGAGCUAAUGAUAGAAAUGGCGGGGACCUUGGUCGACAUGAACCGUUUAAAUUGUUGA